UAAAUGCAAAUAAUAAUAAAUGUGCCAUGUGAAUAUUAUUACUAAUAUUGUUGGUAGGAAGUACUUAGAGACUAAGCACAAAGAAUAAAGUCUCACCACUCGCUAGACAACCCUCCGCGCCCCCGUCAAAAAGAAAAGACAAACACAAUGUUCAAUCGGUUGGGCAACGCUGGCGCUGGCGUCGCUUCGUCUGCUGCUGCUGCAGCUCCGACUUCUGCAGCUGUUGUUGCACCCACGGCUGCAGGUGGUGGUGCUGCUGCUGCUCCUGCGACUGCUGCAGUCAGCGGAUCGGAGGCAACUGCGUCGAUCUCCAGUGGAGUGGCACCGAUCAGUGAUCUCUAUUUGCGUCCGUUACCGUAUUUAGACACGAAAUGGCUGCGCGCCGAUCUCAUUGCCUGCCUGCGCAACGCCUCCGAGGGCUCGAUACUGUGGAAUCAUCUCAUCCAGGAUUGUGAACUGGUCUCCUCGCCCACCGCACCCCUCGUCAAUGCCCGUGGCCAGCUGUCGUAUCUCGGUGACGAUGGCAAACAUUAUUGUGGCGCCCAGGCGCUCCAAUGUGUCUGCUGUCAGCCCGAAUACUGUGGCCCCCUCUCCGCCUGCAACUGCGACAGCUGUCGUCCCCUCGACUCUGACACGGCCAUCAAGAAGCUGACCUCGGCGGCGGCACAGCAGGCGGCAGCUGGCCUGCAGCACGCCACGGAGCUCACCCUGAACAGCUGGCUAUGGAGCCAGCCACCCAAUCAGCUGGCCAAGCACGAUUGCCAACGCUCGCUAAUCGCCGAGCUGCACGAGCUGGCGCUGCGCGCCGCCGGCAAUUGUCUGUCCGCACAGCAGCUGCGCCAGCAUCUGUUCAUCUACGAGCGUUACUUUGUCGCGCUCAAGCGCAAUCAACACCAGGCCCAGCAUCAUCAAGAGAAGCAACCGGAGAAGCAACAGCAACAGCUAGUGGAGGAUUGUGUGGUGGCAGCAGCUUCAGGGGCGCCGGCACCGGUGCCGCCACUGGAGCCAGAGCAUGCAGCGUUGGGAUUAGCACGGGUUGGAACGCGUGCCGCGCUCAAUUUUAGUUUUGCAUUCUUGCGUCGAGCGUGGCGCUCCGGCGAGGAUACGGAAAUGUGCAGCGAGCUGUUGAGCGAGGCACUCGAAUCGCUGCAGGAGUUGCCCGAGGCGACACUGUUUGAUGCGGCAGCACAGGUGUCGCCGCUCUGGCUGGAGGUGAUGGAGCGCUCCAUUAAGUUUCUGCGCCUCGUCGCACUCGGUGAUCCCAUGGGCGGACGCUGUUUGGCGCCUCUAACGGAUCGGCAUACGGCGCUAUGUCUGCUGCUCGAGCUGGGCGUCCAGAAGGGCACUCUGGCGGCGACGCUGGAGUGUGUGGUGCUGCUGCUGCUCCUAUGGGAGAAGGACAACGACAAUGGACAUGGCCACGGACACGGACAUGGCAAUGUGAACGGUGCCGAUAAUCGGGAUAUGCCACGCAAAACUGGUGCACCACUGCUGCGUAUCCUGCAGCGCUAUCAGCGCCUUGGCUCCGUGUCUGCCUCGAACAGCAGCGGCAACAGCAGCAGCAGCUCAAGCAGCUGCAGCAAUUCGGUGGAGACACCAAUACCCAUGGCCAGCGCAACGGAGACCUUUCUGCGCUUCCUCAUGCUGCCCAAGAGCAGCGCUGCCAUUGUCGAUCUACGACGUGCCGCUGUCGUCAUCAUCUCACAUCUGGAUCGCCUGGUACAGCCUCAUAUGCCACAUCAGACGCACAUGCCCAGCUGCCUGCGCCGGCACAGCAACGACGAGCUCAGCAACGACGAUGACGAGGACACUGCAAAGCAGCGAACAUUGCUCGAACAGCAGCGAGUCUAUGCGCUCGGCUGGCCAACGCUCUCCAAGGAGCAGCAGGGCUUCAAUGUCGAACCGGCGCUCAGCUGGACAAGCGCAUCCACACAACGGCCGCCGCCGGCGUUACUCAACUGCAAGUUCCACGUAAAACAGGUCGCGUGCAGCAAGGACAUUGUGCUCCUGCUCAGCAAGGAGGGCAAACUCUACAAUUGGCACAUUAGCAAACCGGACACGGAACCCCAACCGCUUGACUUUGGGGACAUUGGCAGCGAGACAUUCAUCUCGAUUGCAUCGCACUGCGAGGGACGCCACUUUCUGGCCGUCGACAAUAAUUUUAACGCAUAUUCGUGGGGCACUGGCGACAAUCGUCGCUUGGGUCACGGCGACUGUCAUUCACGUGAGCUGCCCACCAAAAUCGAGAGUCUGGUGCGUCGCGUCAAGUCUGUGUAUUGCGGCUGCUCCUACAGUGCCGCCAUCACGUUGAGGGGGAAUCUGUAUACGUGGGGCCGCGGCAACUAUGGCAGAUUGGGGCAUGGCAUUUCGGAUGAUCAGUGCUUGCCCACCAUGGUGAUGGCGCUCAAGGAUCAUCAGGUGGUGGACGUUGCCCUCGGCAGCGGUGAUGCCCACACUCUCUGUCUGACCAACGAGGGAUUGGUCUAUGCCUGGGGCGAUGGCGACUAUGGCAAACUGGGCAACGCCAGUUGCAACAGCAGCCUCCAACCGUUGCUCAUUGAGUGUCUGCCACGUGUGCAGCGCGUCUUUGCCGGCUCACAGUUUUCGCUGGCGCUAACCGGCGAGGGUCAGCUAUAUAGCUGGGGCAAAGCCUCGUGUCUGGGCCAUCAGCUUGUCGAGCGCAAUGUGCAGGGCUGCAGUGUGCCCAGACUUAUAACCAGUCUACAGCACAAGCGCAUUGUGGACGUCGCUGUGGGCGUGACCCAUUGCCUGGCAUUGAGCAGCGCCGGGGAGAUCUUUGGCUGGGGUCGCAACGACAACCAACAGAUCUGUCCCGCCUCCGUUUGCAGUGAACCGCUGUUGCGUCAACCGAUACUGGUCACAUUACCAACGCUGCCCGCCAGCGGAAUGGCCUGCACCGCUGUCCAGAGCCUGAUCUGGACCCAGAGCAGCCGUCAGGGUGUGCCGCUGCGUGCCCCAUUCGUCAUCGAUUUGGGCGAACCGACAUUCCGUCUGCUCGAUCAACUGUUGGGCAUGUGCAGUGCCAGCACUGCACAGGAUAAUCGACAGACGCCCAACCAGGAGUCCGAAUGCAUUGCGGUCGCCUGUCUCAAUCUGGUGCGGCUACAGUUGCUCGCGCUUAUCGCCAAUGGUGUGGAGCCGCGCAAUGUGGGUCUGGCCAGCGGUGGCCGGCUGCUCAACAGCCUCAAGACACGCAUCCUGAGUCUCGCCGGUGGCAGCCAAGUGCUGCGCACCAUUCAAAUAGCCGCACAGCAGGCAAUCCAGGAUGGUUGGAGUGUGCUCUUGCCGACGGCAGCGGAACGGGCACAGACGCUGACAGCGUUGCUGCCCUCGGAGCCGGGACAGGCGUGCUCGGCGGGCCAUCGGUUCAUGACAGAUCUGCUCGUUAGUUCACUAAUGGCCGAGGGGGGAUUGGAGACGGCGCUACAACAUGCGAUACGACUGGAGAGCAGCUCGUGUUCGACGCAAGACUGCACGGAUGGAGCACAUUUGCCGCUGCUGCAGUUAAUCACACGAUUGCUGAACAACAAUGCGGCGCUCACACAGAGUCGUCUCUCGUUGGCGAUGCUGGGCAAACAUCAGCAGCAGCAGCAGCAACAGCAGCAUCAUCAUCACCACCAUCACCACCACCAUCAUCAUCAUCAUCAGCAACAGCAGCUGCCUGUGGAGGAGCUCCAGCAUCAACAUCAUCCCAGCACUAGUCCCAGUCUCUGUUUGCUGCAUCGUUUUCAGCGUCUGCUGCUGGCGUACAUACACCAGGCGACCGACGACGAGGAUACAACGGGAGCGGAAGCAUUGCUUGCCCAAUACUUGCACAGUUUGAUACCAGCUUGCGUGACGACGCUGCAGCAGGCACACGAACUGGCGUUGCAGUGCCGCGAAUCCAGUGAAUUGGGCACUCUGGGCGUGCAUCCGUUUGGCGGGGCAUUGAGUCGCGUGCUGCAGGCGGACAUUUCGGAUGCGCUUAUGCAUGAGCUGCUCGUGGGUCUGGUGCUGCUGAAACGGGAUCGACCACAGUGCCUGGGUAGCUUGCGCUGGGCGCGCCUCUGCCUGCCAUUGUUGCGUGUCCUGGAUUGUCUGAAUCGGGCGCUGGGCGAGGGUGAGUUGCGCGACGGCGAUGACAUGGGCUGGCCGGGCAUUAUUUGUCGCGGCGGACCCAAGGGUGCCGCACCGCCACCAGCUGCUGAUCCCGAGACGCACUAUGUCCGACGUGCCGACAUGGAGAACCUGCUGCUCGACGGCAGCCGCUGCAUCAUUCUAGCCGGCUACGUUUGCGACAUCAAUGGCUUUGCCUGCGAAUCGGAGAACUUGCGCGCUCUGUUGGACAUGGGCCUCGGCAAGGAUCUAAGCGCGGAGUUGAGCACACCUGGACAUCGGAGUGUUAUGGAGCAACUGCUGCAACACCACAAGCUGGGCAAAUACCUGGCGACACAGAGCGCCAACGAGGAGAAGGCAACGUCACAAGGAGCGCAACGUUUGACGCACUUCAGUUCGGAGUGUACGCUGGCGCAGUUGCUCGGCCUGGUGGCGAAUCUCAUGUGCAGCGGUCCCGGUUUGCAGCCGGCAGAGUUGCAAUGCCGCCAAUUGGACAAAUCAUCGCUGCUUAGUGGUGGCCUGCUGAUGCUCCAACCCAAUAAUCCGUUUGACGAGGAGAAGGGCGAGGCGCGCAGCAGCCACAGCACAGCUGGGAAUACGCCAACGGAGGCACUGGUGCCACCAACUCCAACACGGGUGCGUCGCACACCAGAGCAUCUGCAGAAUCGUGUGGACAAUUUCAUUGCGGGCCUGGCUGAGGCGCGACUGAGUGAACCCUUGGUCGCCGCCUGGCUCUCGCUAACCGAACGAUAUUGCAAGGCGCACAAUCUGAUGUGGCAUCAGGAGUUCGCCACCGAACAUCCGGUACAGGAGCUGGAGCGUCUUCUAAGCGCCGUUCUGUUGCGUCAUCAAUGCCUGGGCGGCCUGGUAAUCAGCGCUUUGGAAGCUGAUCAACACCAGCAGCAGUCACAGCCAAAGCAGUUGGGCGAGAUCAUACGGCUGGUGCAUCAGGCCAAGUGGAGUGUGGUGCGCACACGCCAGCAAAUGAAUCGCAGCUACAAGGAGGUCUGUGCACCCAUUCUGGAACGCUUGCGCUUUCUGCUGUAUGAGGUGCGACCCGCUGUCAGUCCACAGCAGCGUGGAUUGCGUCGUCUGCCCAUCCUUCAACGAUUACCACGUUUCCGGCUGCUCGUGCGUCGCCUGCUCCAAGAGCUGCGCAAGGCCAAGCAACAGCCGGCGGCCAAGCCAGAGGAUCUACUCAAUGCCAGCAUACAGCAACAACAACAACAACAGCAGCACCAGCAGCAACAACAAGCUGGCCAGGAGCUCCUGAUAUAUGAGCAGCAGGAACAGCUUCUAAUCGAAAAGAAGCCCAAAGAACAGAAGCAACUGGACGAGGAGGAAUCAUUGCUGCGUCGCCUUAAUGAACGCCAGCUACACGCGGACAUUGAACUGGACGCGGGACUGAUGCAGGACAUUGUGGACUUUGGGCUGCAGGACAGCUGCGAUGUGGAGACAGUGCGUCGUGCCAUGUACUGCCAGAUGCAGCGUUUCCAGUUACGACUCGCUGGCCUGCAGCUGGUGCAGCAGCUGCUGGAGCUGCAUGGCCUGCUGGAUGCCACCCAGUACAGUCUGCUCAAUGGCUAUCUGGGCUUGCAUCUGAAGUCGGCGGCGAGCGGCGUUUCGCCGCAACAUGUGCUCGGCCAGCUGAACAUGGUGAGCGCCUAUCAGAAGGCGCGUCUACUGCUGGCGCAGGCCCGUGUCCUGGAUUGGGCGGUGCGCGAAUUGAGGCGUCUGGUCAACCAGGAGCAGCCGGGCGCCGUACGCGGCAAGGAUAGCUGCAACCUGAGCACCUAUGUGCUGCUCAAGCGACUGCCACGCGCCCGCUUCCUCAUCAGCGUAUUCGGUCUGCUGGCCAAGGAGCUGGGCGCCAACGAGCUGGGAUUGCUGAUCAAUUCGGGAUUGUUGGGCACCGUGCUCGGCCUGCUGGCCCAAACGGGCGCCGAUGCUGGCGCCAAAAGCAACAACAGCGAACUGAGCGUUCUCUACGAGGACAGCGUUCUCAAGCAGAAGUGCAGCAAAGCGCAGCUCAGCGGACCCGAUCUGGCCAAGCUCAUGAAGAUCGGCACACGCAUAGUGCGCGGCGCCGACUGGAAAUGGGGCGACCAAGAUGGCAAUCCGCCCGGCGAGGGACGCAUCAUUAGCGAAGUUGGCGAGGACGGUUGGGUGCGCGUGGAAUGGUAUACGGGCGCAACCAAUUCGUAUCGCAUGGGCAAGGAGGGUCAAUACGAUCUGCAGCUGGCGGACAGCACAUUGAAUGUGGCAUCGCCAACGGAACCAGAACGCGAGGAACUUGGCACGACGGAACCGCCACCCACCAGUGAAUCGCAUCCGUCGAAACUGUUGCGACACUGCGCCGCCAAGCUGCUUCAAAUCCUGGCCGUUGGCAGUGGACUGCAUGGCGCCCACCUGGACAGGCAUGCAUUGCGCGGCGUCACCAGCAUGUUCCGAUCCAUGCUCGAUCCAAAGCCGGGCUUGGCUAAUGUUGUCCACUGUCUGAACUGGUUGAAUCUCGGCUUCAUACGUGCCAUCUCAGGUGACUGUCCGCGUUUGUGUUUGGAGCUAAGUGCUCCGAAUUGGCUGUCACAUUAUUUCGCGCUGCUGGAGCAGCCGGCAGGCACCGAGCGUGGUGUCUAUCGGCAGCUACACUGUUUGCGCCUACUGCAGUGCAUCCUCUCCGCCUGGGGUGUCGAGGAGGAGCCGCGCAUGGCGUCGCUUGUCCGUCAACUGUUCGCCACACUCGGCCGCAUUGCGUUGCACUGUCCGGGCGAUGCAACGCUCCAGGUGCAGGAGGGUGGCAAGACGCGCGUCCUGCUGACCGCCUCACAUUCAGGCACCGUUGCCGAGGAGAUGGUGGCGCUAUUGCGCCGCCUGCACACGCUGCCGCAUUGGAAUGCGGUUAUCAAUUCGUUUCUGGCACAGAAACUGUGCGUUGCCGCCGAGCUACUGCAGGUGGAGUCGCCACAAAUGCCGCUGUCACCGCUGGACGCCGAACACAGCUAUGUGCUGGGCGUUCUUAGUGCCAUGGGUGGCUAUGAUCUGCGGCCGCGCAUCGGACUCCACUGCUUUCACGAGGGCAGCCAUAUGAUUAUCGCCAGCUUCACGCACAAGGGUCGCUGCCUGCUCGCACACAGUGUUCCAUCCAUGGGCAGCACUACAGCGGUGGCUGCCACCUCGGCGGUCACUGCCUCCGCCGCGGGACAGGGCCAGUGUCUGGUGAAGGUGCCGUUAGCGUCGGUCCUGCUCCAGCUUGAUCAUAGCGUUUUCAGUCUCAGCCGAUUGCCCAUGAACGAGAUGCUGUUGAAUGCGUGGACGGUGCUCCUCUAUGGAGCAGCCGGGGCUAACAGCAACCACGGCUGGGAGCUGCUCAAUGCCAGCGAGGGUCGGCUCGAUGUUCGCCUGCUGCGCAGCCAACAGCUACAACUGGCCGUGCUGCACACAAAUGGAGUCCUCUACAGGCAUCAGGCGGCUCUGCGCAAGAUACUUAAACAGCGUGCACCUGCCGGUGGCUACAACAGCAUGGAGAGCAACGAGGAGACGGAGACAGAACCAGAGCCAGAACUACAGCCGGAACAGCAGUCGGAGCAAUCCGAAUCCCAUAACAACAGCAGCAACAACAACAACAAUAAUACAAAUGGUCGCUACAACAACCACAUUAACAAUAGCAGCACGAGCAGCAUCAAUGGCAGCCAUCAGCCAUUAACCACGGAACAGCUGCUCAUCCAAUGUUUGUUGCUGCGUGCAACGCAACCGUCGCCGGUUAAGGCAUGCUACAGCUAUACGGAUCUGGCAACGGCUGCGCUUAACUGUGUCCAAUCGCUGGCCAGUCAGGCGCAUGCCCAGCUCAAUGCAGAGGAUCAACUGCAGCCGGUACAGCUGGCGAGUCCAGCGCAGCCGACCAUGGUGCAUGGCAUACCCCUUUACAAUGUGGCCAAGGCGGAGCACCAGCUGGUGGCGGAGUCGCAGCAGCGAAUGGAGAGGCGACAAUUGGCGCCAGCCAGCGAUGCGCAGCUAAUUGGCCAGAUAAUGGAGAUGGGCUUUACGCGACGCAACGUAGAAUUGGCAUUGAAACAGCUAUCGCUGCAGGCGGAAACGAUACCAACACCCGAACAGAUUGUCCAAUGGAUACUCGAGCAUCCGGAUGUGUGCGCAAAUACAAUUAAUGAUGAUGAGGCAGCCAUUGUGGCCAUUGAGUCGGAUGUGGUCGAGACCGGUGAAGUGGAGGUGGAGGAGGUGGAUGAGGAGGAGGCAGAGGAGGAUGAGAUGCCAGCAACAGAGGCAGGAUCAAAGGUAGUAGAUCUAGUGGCAUUGGAGCGACGAGCAACCGCGACUGGUGGUGGUGCUGGUGGUGGCAGCAACGCGAGCAGUCGAAGCAGCAGCUCUAGCAGCAGCACCACCACCACCACCAACACCACCACCACCACCACCACUACCAGCAGCACUAGCAACACAAGCACCAGUAAAAGCAACAACAACUCCUCCGACACCGUCGAGGAGGGACAACAGCCGCAACACAAAUUCGAGACACGCAAGGACUUCCAGACGGCCGAUCAUUAUGCGUUGUAUGUGCGUGCUCUGGUUAGGCCCGGAAUGUUGGUGCGUUGCUGUCGGGACUUUGAGGAGAUUAAGCAGGGCGACAUGGGCACCGUGCUCGUUGUGGAUACGGAGGGGCUGCACGAUCUUAAUGUUCAAGUGGAUUGGCGCAAUCAUGGCAGCACCUAUUGGGUAUGUUUCGUCCACAUCGAGCUGGUUGAAUCGAUGCCAGUUGGCACCCUGCCACGCCCACCGCCGCCACUAACGGUGGGCGCUCGCGUCCGAUUGCGUACAGCGAGCAACGGCACUCGUGCCCCCGGCCAUGGCCAGCUAAUGCGGCUGGGUGGCUCACGGAGUCAACUGGAUGUGGGGCAGGUAACCGCGUUGCGUGGCAAGCAGCUGACCGUCGAGUUUCCGGAGCAGCCCAACUGGCAGGGUCACAUCAACGAUGUGGAGCCCCUAAUACCGCAAAGUCAACAACUGCAGCAGUUGCAGCAAUUGCAGCAACAACAGCAGUCAGUGCCGUGUCCAAUGUCCGUGUUGCAAUUGCCACCGAAUGUGGAUUUAAUUGAGGAUUGGUCACGCUGCAUUCGAUCGCUGACCGUCAGCUCGAAUGAGGGUGCCGCCAAGCAUCUGCUCGAUGGCAGCCCCAUCGCUUGGCAGAGCUGUUCGAGCGGUGUGCCGUGCCGCCACUGGAUCCGGCUUGAGUUGCACGAUCGCGUCCUUGUGCACAGUUUGGCGUUGCGUGUCAGCCCAGAGGAUCAUUCGCAUAUGCCAUCGCUGGUUGAGGUGCGUGUCGGUGAGUGCAUCGAUAGCUUGAAGGAGUACACCUGGAUACCGGUGGGUGCCGGCGCCAGUCGCGUCGUACUCAUGCAACAGGUGGUGCAGUAUUAUCCCUGGAUCGAGAUUGUCAUCAAACAGUGCCAGAACAAUGGCAUCCAGUGCAAAGUGCAUGGCCUCCAAUUCGUUGGACGUCGCCAGCAGCCCGACAUUCAGCAUAUGCUCGCCAAUGCCCAGUUUCUAGCCUGCGAUUACGGUGGCACUUCAGCAGCAGCAGCCGUAGCAGCUGCAGCUGGCUCUGGCAUCGUUGCUGCACCAGCAAGAGGAGAUCCGUCUGCAGCGGGAUCGGGAGCAGGAACAGCAACAGCCGCACAAGAAGCGAAUACAGCAAGUGAAUUGCUGGCAGCAAGUGCCGAACAGGAUGUACCCUGUACCGUCAUGGUCUGGGGCCUCAAUGACAAGGAACAGUUGGGCGGCCUAAAGGGCUCCAAGGUGAAGGUGCCGACAUUCUCACAGACCAUUAGUCGCCUCCGACCCAUUCACAUAGCCGGCGGCUCCAAGUCGCUGUUUGUUGUUAGCCAGGAUGGCAAGGUGUUUGCCUGCGGCGAAGGCACCAACGGUCGUCUGGGCUUGGGCGUCACCCACAAUGUGCCGUUGCCGCAUCAGUUGCCCGUACUGCACCAGUAUGUGGUGAAGAAGGUAGCAGUUCAUUCCGGUGGCAAACAUGCGCUUGCCCUGACCCUCGACGGCAAAGUUUUCAGUUGGGGCGAGGGUGAGGAUGGCAAACUGGGACAUGGCAAUCGGACAACGUUGGACAAGCCACGUUUGGUGGAGGCAUUGCGGGCCAAGAAGAUACGCGACAUUGCGUGCGGCUCCUCGCACUCGGCCGCAAUUAGCAGCCAGGGUGAGCUGUACACGUGGGGAUUGGGCGAAUACGGUCGUCUCGGCCAUGGCGAUAAUGCGACCCAAUUGAAACCGAAAUUGGUGACGGCCCUCUGUGGCAGUCGUGUCAUUCAGGUGGCCUGCGGCAGUCGGGAUGCCCAGACGCUGGCCCUCACCGAGGAUGGCGCCGUCUUCAGCUGGGGCGACGGUGACUUUGGCAAGCUGGGACGUGGCGGCAGCGAGGGAUCAGCGACCCCGCACGAGAUCGAACGUCUCUCCGGCAUCGGUGUUGUUCAAAUCGAAUGCGGCGCCCAGUUCAGUUUGGCGCUGACGCGUGCCGGCGAGGUCUGGACCUGGGGCAAGGGUGACUACUAUCGGUUGGGCCACGGCGGGGAUCAGCAUGUGCGCAAGCCGCAACCGAUUGCCGGAUUGCGUGGACGUCGCGUCAUCCAUGUCGCCGUUGGCGCCCUCCACUGUCUGGCUGUCACCGAUGCCGGGCAGGUGUAUGCCUGGGGUGACAACGAUCACGGCCAGCAGGGCAGCGGUAAUACGUUUGUUAACAAGAAGCCCGCUUUGGUCAUCGGGCUGGAUGCGGUCUUUGUGAAUCGAGUGGCAUGCGGCAGCUCACAUUCAAUGGCCUGGGGCCUACCCAACGCCAGUCCCGAUGAGGAGAAACGUGGCCCGGUGCCAUUUGGCAGCACCCGCGAUCCGCUCGGCGGCAGCAGUCUGGGCAUCUACGAGGCGGAGGCACAGGCACAAGCAUCACAGGAUAAAAUCGAUGCCAAGGCAUCGGCAGCGAUAUCUGUCGGCGGUUCAGGUGCUGGCUGCUCAUCGUCCGGUAGCAAUGCAUGCUCCGGCAGUGGAUCCUCCUCGACGCUGGCCAGUCUCAGCGAGAGUCUGGCCCUGGAGACGCCAGCGGCCCGCCAAGCGGCCCUCGGUCAUGUGCUGCGCGCGAUGAGCAUCUUGCAGGCGAGGCAGCUCAUCGUCGCUGCGCUGACCAGCCACAGCAAGGUCAACUACAAGGAGACCGCCGCACGCCAGGCGGGCGCACACAUUGAACUCGAGGAGCAGCUCAAUACGGCGGCCGGUUCUGGUUCCGGUUCGGGAUCUGGUGUCGGCACAGGCACCGGCUUAGUCGCCGCAUCAACAACAACGGCCCAACAACAACAACAGCAGCAACAACAACCACAACAACAACAACAGGCGAUUGCUCAGGGUGGCGGCGAAGCACCCGCAGAUGCCAGCGAUGCAGCCCUACUGCCGGAGCAGCACAGUCCCGACGAGGCGCUCGCCCCACAAAUGCUAGCUGCAUCAGCGCUACCACCACCACCACCACCGGCGGGACCGUUGAGCGCAUUCCAGAGCUUGACCGGUUCGCUGUCGAUGUCGGGCAUGUCGGCCGGUUCGCACUCGAGGAUGUCGGCCAGUGCUAUGUCCGUGAUGGCAGCGACGAUGACACAGCAGGAGGAGAUGCUCGCACAGUACGGCCAUAAUCAUGGACUGGAUGAUUUUGGUGCGCUGCUGCUGGAACCAGAGGCCAAGAGUCUGGUCGAGCUGCUCAAGCUGGCCGUUUGCGGCCGUUGCGGUCCACCGAGCACGGCUCAGACCAUCGCCGAAACCCUAAUCUCGCUGAGUAGCAAUGCGGCCAUCGCAGCCAUGCUGCUGGAGACAUGCAUCACCGAGCUGGAAGACCUGUGCACGGCGCGCCACUGCCUGGGCAAGCUGCCCAAACCGGUGAUGCAGGAGAGCAGUCAUCCGUAUGUGGACAACAUGAAUGUCAGUGGCACUGUUCGCAUACCGGGCGCCGAAAUGUUGCGCCUGGAAUUCGAUAGCCAGUGCAGCACGGAGAAACGCAACGAUCCACUUGUGAUCAUGGACUCGGCCGGCCGCAUGCUGGCCAUGCGAUCCGGCCGCGAAUUCGCCCACUGGGCGCCCGAGAUUCGUGUGCCCGGCGACGAGUUGCGCUGGAAAUUCUGCUCGGAUAGCUCGGUGAAUGGAUGGGGCUGGCGCUUUUGGGUGCACGCCAUAAUGCCGGCAGCGACGCUUGGCGAAAAUGGUUCGGAUCGUGCCGUAUUGUCGCAACCAUCGAUGGCACUGGUCAUGUCACUGCUGGAUGCACGACUGGCGCCCCGUCAGCCCCAGGUGCUGCUCCGUUUGGCCGCCGCCCUGGCGGCCUGUGCCCAACUGGGCGCCCUCAGCACAGCGCAGCGCAUCUGGGCAUUGAAAAAACUGCACGCAGUGCUGCUGCUCGAGAAUGCGCCACGUCCGCAGGAGCCAGCGCUGGCAGCGAUCCUCCUGCCACUCAUACCGGAACUGUUGCGCCAAUACGAAUACGAAGAGCCGCAGGUGCGUGGUGGCAUUCAUCUGAUGCACUCGGAUUACUUCAAGACGCUGGCGGCGCUCGCCUGCGAUAUGCAACUGGAUGCAGCGUUGCCAAGUGGCAGUGGCACUGGCAGUGGAAGCGGUGCUGGUGCUGGAGCUGGUGGUGGUAGUGGUGGUGGUGCAGUUGCUUGCACCACCAAUGGCACCAUCAAUUGCGGCAACGCAACAAGCUCCGCCUCCAGUUCGGGGGAUGUGCACAAGUGGGCGUGGUUCAAGCGUUACUGCAUCGCGGUGCGCGUCGCCCAAUCCCUGAUACGACGCACAGAGUUGCCACGCCAAUUCUGCUUGGAGGUGCGCAAAAAGUUUGCCGAAAUGUUGCCAGCGCCAGCUCCAGCGACAACAACAACAACGAUGAGCAGCUGCCCAUCGCCGGGCGCAUCUUUGAUCAAUUCGACAACAUCGCUCUCCUCGAGCACGGUGAGCAAUGCAUCGCUGGCGGAGCAGAUGCAACAGCAGGAACUGCUGCUGCUGGUGGACCAGCAACAGCAACUGGCACAGACGCAACAACAUCAGCAGCAGCAGCCGCUGCUGUUGCUGCUCCACGAGGAUCACCAGCUAUUCCAGGCACCGCACGAUGCCCAGCUGCUGCAGUGGCUGAAUCGACGACCCGACGAUUGGGCCUUGAGCUGGGGCGGCGCCAGCACCAUCUAUGGCUGGGGACACAAUCAUCGCGGCCAACUGGGCGGUCUCGAGGGCAGUCGCAUCAAGACGCCAACGCCCUGUGAAGCGCUCAGUCUGCUGCGACCCGUCCAGCUGGCCGGCGGCGAACAAUCCCUGUUUGCCGUCACGCCCGAUGGCAAAUUGUUUGCCACUGGUUAUGGUUCCGGUGGACGGCUGGGCGUCGGUGGUAGCGAUUCGUGGUCAAUACCGACGCUGUUAGGUUCGCUACAGCAUGUUUUUGUGAAGAAGGUGGCGGUCAAUUCGGGUGGCAAGCAUUGCCUGGCGCUGACCACCGAUGGCGAGGUGUAUGCCUGGGGCGAGGGCGAGGAUGGCAAGCUGGGCCACGGCAAUCGGCUGAGCUAUGAUCGACCCAAGCUGCUGGAGCAUCUCAAUGGCAUGAGUGUGGCGGACAUUGCCUGUGGCAGCGCUCACUCGGCGGCAAUCACGGCCAGCGGACACGUUCUCACCUGGGGCAAGGGACGCUAUGGUCGCUUGGGACAUGGCGAUUCCGAGGAUCAACUGCGACCAAAACUUGUGGAGGCAUUGCUCGGCUAUCGGGCGAUAGACAUUGCUUGCGGCUCGGGCGAUGCACAGACGCUGUGCAUCACGGACGAUGACAAUGUGUGGAGCUGGGGCGAUGGUGACUAUGGUAAGCUGGGACGUGGCGGCAGCGAUGGCUGUAAGCUACCCUACAAGAUCGAGAGUCUCGCCGGCCUGGGUGUCAUCAAAGUCGAGUGCGGCUCCCAGUUCUCCGUGGCGCUAACGAAAUCCGGUGCCGUCUAUACCUGGGGCAAGGGUGACUUCCAUCGGCUGGGCCACGGCUCCGUCGAUCAUGUGCGACGGCCCAAGAAGGUGGCCGCGCUGCAGGGCAAGAAGAUCAUCUCGAUUGCGACCGGUUCGCUGCAUUGUGUCGCCUGCAGCGAUGCCGGCGAGGUCUACACCUGGGGUGACAAUGACGAGGGACAGCUGGGCGAUGGCACCGUCACCGCCAUCCAACGGCCCCGGCUUGUUGCCGCCCUCCAAGGCAAGCACAUUGUGAAGGUCACCUGCGGAUCGGCGCACACACUGGCGCUGUCCACAUCACAGCUGAGCGAACGAUUGCGUCCGCUGCCCAAUCCGCCGCUGGAAUACGACCUUGUUCGAGAUAUGGCACCGGAGGCACUUCAUGCCCGUCUCAUUCUGUUGCAUCAUUUCUCGGAGCUGCUGUGCCCCUGCCUGGCCAUGCUGCCCAUUGCCGGCGAUCUGAGUCUGGGCGCCCUCAAGGAUGUACUCGUCUACAAUAUCAAGGAGGCCGCCUUUCGCAAGGUCAUCCAAACGACGAUGGUGCGGGACAAACAGCAUGGACCCGUCAUCGAACUGAAUCGCAUCCAGGUAAAACGUUCGCGCAGCCGAUGCAACGGCCUCGCCGGCAUCGAUGGCAUGAAAAGUGUCUUCGGCCAGAUGGUCCAGAAGUUGCCGCUGCUCACCCAGGAGGCGCUCGCUUUGCCGCAUCGCGUCUGGAAAGUGAAGUUUGUCGGCGAGAGCGUCGAUGAUUGCGGCGGUGGCUACAGCGAAUCCAUCGCCGAGAUGUGCGAUGAGCUGCAGAACGGCAGUGUUCCCCUUCUAAUUAGCACGCCCAAUGGACGUGGCGAGGCGGGCGCCAAUCGCGACUGCUUUCUACUAGAUCCGACGCUCACCUCCGUCCUACAGAUGAACAUGUUCCGCUUCCUUGGCGUCCUCAUGGGCAUUGCCGUGCGCACCGGCUCACCACUCAGUCUGAACCUGGCGGAGCCUGUGUGGCGGCAGCUGACUGGCGAGGCAUUGCGGCCAACAGAUCUCACCGAGGUCGAUCGUGACUAUGUGGCCGGGCUGCUCUGUAUCCGUAAUAUGGACGACGAUGCUAAGCUCUUCAACACACUGGAGCUGCCGUUCUCGACAUCGUCGGCGCGUGGUCACGAAGUGCCUCUAUCCACCAGAUAUACCCACAUCUCGCCGCGAAAUCGAUCCGAAUACGUUCGCUUGGCGCUCGGCUUUCGACUGCACGAGUUUGAUGAGCAGGUGAAGGCGGUACGCGACGGCAUGUCCAAGGUUAUACCAGUGCCGCUACUCUCGCUCUUCUCCGCCGCUGAGCUACAAGCGAUGGUCUGCGGCUCACCGGACAUUCCGCUCGGCCUGCUCAAAUCGGUGGCCACCUACAAGGGCUUCGAUCCCGGUUCGGCGCUAGUCGGUUGGUUCUGGGACGUCAUGGAGGAGUUUACCAAUCAGGAACGUUCGCUGUUCUUGCGCUUUGUUUGGGGCCGUACACGACUGCCGCGCACCAUUGCCGAUUUCCGGGGACGCGACUUUGUGCUGCAGGUGCUCGAGAAGAAUCCGCCCGAUCAUUUUCUGCCCGAAAGCUACACGUGUUUCUUUCUGCUCAAAAUGCCGCGCUACUCCUGCAAGGCCGUGCUGCUGGAGAAGCUGAAGUAUGCGAUUCAUUUCUGCAAGAGCAUCGAUACGGAUGAAUAUGCCCGUGUGGCCAUGGGCGAACCCACCGAGGCGACUGGCAGCGAGGAUAAUAGCGAUCUGGAGUCGGUUGCCAGUCACGAUGGCUAAAUCAACGAACCAACGCUGGAUCAAUGAAUCGAAAUGGGAUAUAAGGGAUAAGAGGAAACUGCUGCUUUUGCUGCUGCUGCUGCUGCUACUGCUGCUGCUGCUGCUGCUGCUCCUGCUGCUGCCCACAACAAAUAAAUUACACACAACAAAUUACACAUACAACAUGAUAAGCGCACUUAAAACGCAUUAGAUUAGAUGAUUAGCUGCUCAAUCGAUUUGUCGAUUGGCAAUUGCACAUUAUUUGGACAAGAGACACUUGAAACGGACAAAGACAGAACGAUAGACCGAAACAGAGAGAUACACAGAAUGAGAGAAAGAGGGAGAGCGUGAAAGAUAGUGAUAAGUAGAGAGAGAUAUGAAACCAAAAAUAUGCAUAUUAAGCAAACAAAAGUUAAUUAAAUGUUAUUUCCAUAUUGCAUAAAUGUUAGUUAAAAAAGUCCACGGAAUCUCACACGUACACAUGCCUAUACAUACAUAAAUAUAAACAAAUACAUAUACAUAUACAUACACGCAUUCAUACAUACAUACAUACAUUUAUAAACAUAAAGAUACACUUACACAUAUAUGCUUACUUAGCUUACCGUUGGCAGCUGCUGCCCGAUGCUGUUGAUAAGAUUAUUGAUAUUAUAUACUAACUAUGAAUGUUUACUGAUACUGAGAUAAUGCUAUACAAAAUAAUAAUAUGCUAAUGAUGAUCAA